CAGGCGCGGUGAUGGCGGCGGGACGAUGCUGACGGUUGGGAUCACAGGCGGCGCCGAGCAACCGGGACACGGCCAUGGCCAGGUUGGCCGACUACUUCGUGCUAGUGGGCUACGACCACGAUAAGCGCGGAAGUGGUGAUGGUCAGGGCCGGAUUAUCCAACGCUUCCCAGAAAAAGAGUGGGAAGACAACCCCUUUCCACAGGGAAUUCAGUUGUUCUGUCAGCCGAGUGGAUGGCAUUUGGUUCUCGAAAGGAAAUCUCCCAACUUCUUUGUGGCGGUUUUAACUGAUAUCAACUCGGAGAGGCAUUAUUGUGCAUGCUUCACUUUUUGGGAAGCAGUUGAGAGUUCACAGCCCCAGAAGAACCAUACUAAUGAUGUUGAUGAUGAGGAGGACUCGAAAUUUGUCCAGGCCCCACAGUUAUUUGCCCCAAAGAGUCUCGUUCUGGUUUCUCAGUUGGAUCACACCGAGGUGUUCAGGAAUUGUCUGGGACUGAUCUACACUAUUUACAUUGAUAGUCUGAAUUUUCCAUUGGAGUCGGUGAUUGGAAACCUGCUAACUUGCAUCAUUCCUAUCACUGGAGGAUCUCAGAGAACAAUCUCACUGGGAGCGGGAGAUCGUCAGGUGAUACAGACCCCCGUCAAUGAUGCGCUGCCAGUCAGUGGCUGCAGUGUUGCACUGCUACUCAAACAGUUGGGUAUUAACAAUGUGCUGGAGCUUUUCUGUGCUGCCCUAACCGAACACAAGAUUCUGUUCCUGUCUUCCAGUUACCAGAGGCUGACAGAGGCCUGUCGAGCACUCCUUGCUCUCAUGUUCCCUCUAAAGUAUAGUUUUACAUAUAUCCCAAUCUUACCGGCUCAACUUCUUGAAGUGCUGAGCAGUCCCACGCCUUUCAUCAUUGGAAUCCACUCUUCCUUCCGAGCAGAGAUGCAGGACCUGCUGGAUGUAAUCGUGGCUGAUCUGGAUGGUGGCACAGUUCUGAUUCCGGAGUGUAUCCACAUCUCAGUCCUGCCGGAGCCUCACCUGCUCCAAACUCAGACAGCACUUUCUAUGGUUUUGGACCCAGAAUUGGAGUAUGCGGAUUAUGCCUUCCCACCUUCCUCUAUGUCAGCCUCUUCAAUGAAGUUCCAGGAUAAGGAGAUCCGUGCUGUCUUUCUGCGUUUGUUUGCACAGUUAUUUCAGGGUUAUCGGUGGUGUCUGCAAAUUAUCCGCAUCCAUCCGGAGCCAGUCAUUCGUUUUCACAAGGUGGCCUUUCUGGCCCAACGAGGGUUACUAGAUGUUGACUUUCUGACCAAAGUUCUAGAAGGAAUGGCCUUUGCACGAUUUGUAUCAGAAAGAGGCUCACCGUAUCGACCAUGUGACUUGUUUGAUGAGUUGGUAGCAAAUGAAAUCGAGAGAAUACGAUCAGAGGAGGGAAAUGCACAGAAAGUUCUGAAACACGUGAAAGAAAUAUCAGAACAGCUUCACCGGAACGAGAACCCUUACCCAGCAGUUGCUAUGCACAAAAUACAAAAACCAAAGGAGGGGUCCCAUCUGCGGGUGCAGCAGAACACCUUCCCUCACCUGGAUGAGGGAACAGUGCAGUGGAUCAUCGACCAGGCCACUGCUAAAUUGAAGAAUGCCCCACCUGCAGUUAAAGCUGAAAUGAAAUGCAUGGUGCCAAUGGGACCUCCAAGCGCUACCAUGAUCGAUCAAAAUGGUAUCGUCCUCGCCAACAGUGCUCGAAGAUUAGAGGUUGUCAGAAAUUGCAUAACCUACAUAUUUGAAAACAAAAUGUUAGAAGCCAAAAAGCUGCUUCCUGCCAUGUUAAGAGCCCUGAAGGGACGUGCCGCCCGACAAUGCCUCACCCAAGAGCUAAAUUCACAUGUCCUGCAAAACCGAGCCGUCCUCGACAAUCAGCAGUUCGACUAUAUUGUCCGGAUGAUGAACUGUGCAUUGCAGGAUUGCACACCAUUGGAUGAACAUUUAGUUGCUGCAGCUCUACUCCCGCUGGUUACAGCCUUCUGCAGAAAGCUGGGCUCUGGCGUCACACAGUUCGCUUACAGCUGUAUACAGGAACACCUGGUGUGGACCAAUCUCCAAUUUUGGGAGGCCAUGUUUUACAGCGAUGUACAGAAUCAUAUCCGAGCGUUGUACUUGGAAGUCGAUGGUGACCAUCCCUCAGAAACAGGUUGUAACAGCGUGGAGAAGCAGCAAAGAUCAGCGCUGGAAGUGGCAGCAGAACAAUUACGCAUGUGGCCAACCCGCAGCAAAGAGAAGCAACAAGAACUGAUUGAUAAAGAGGAAAGCAUAGUAUACAGUCAGGCCAUUCAUUAUGGCAAUCGCCUUACCUACCUGCUCUUGCCACUCGAUACCAGCAAGAAUCGCCUGCUCCGCAGUACAGCUGUUGGAGACUUGGAAAGUGUGAGCAACAGCUUUGUAACAAACAGUAUUGCAGGCAGUGUGGCCGAGAGCUAUGAUACUGAAAGUGGGUUUGAGGAUGCAGAAACUUCUGAUGUGGCAAAUUCGGUGGUUCGAUUCAUCAACAGAUUUGUGGAUAAAGUCUGCACAGAGAGCGGUGUCAGUAAUGACCACUUAAAAGCACUUCAUGCCAAUUUACCAGACAUUGUGCAGAUGCACAUUGAGACAUUGGAUGCUGUUCAUCGAGAAAGCAAACGCCACCCCCCUAUUCAGAAGCCUAAACUUCUGCGUCCGGCUCUGCUGGUUGGGGAGGAACUGGUAAUGGAAGGGCUGCGAGUAAACCUGAUACCAGAUGGAAGAGAGGAAUCAGUGGGUGGUUCCUUGGGAGGCCCCCCCAUCCUCCCAGCAGAGGGUGCCAUUUUCCUCACCACCUACCGUAUCAUCUUCAAAGGGGCGCCCAUUGAAACAUUAGCUGGGGAACAGACUGUGAUUCGAUCAUUCCCUGUUGCCUCUUUUGCCAAAGAGAAGAAAAUUAACCAGCAGUCGCGCACUGACCAGGAUUCCCAGGAUGGGCUCCAAUUGCGUUCCUCCACUUUUCAGUUGAUGAAGAUCACCUUUGAUGAAGAGGUGGCAUCUGAGAUGGUGGAAAUAUUUCGGAAACACAUCCACAAACUGAGGUACCCACAGUAUGUGCAAAGCACCUUUGCAUUCACUGUAGGCCAGUCGCCUAAGCAAGUUGUGGAGUCCAAGCAGAAGGAGAAGAACCCGUCGCUGAGGACCAUGUCUAAGAAUAUCAUGAAGAAUGCAAAGAAGACAAUUGGACGGCAAUAUGUGACCAGAAAGAAGUAUACACCACCAACCUGGGACCAGCGAGCCACUCCACACGGUGACAAUUUAGAUCAAAUCUCUGUUUCAGAGGAGAUAGAGCAGAGUGCACUGACACUUUCCACCACCAUUAGAUCAGAUAAAUCAACCAUGAGCCACAUGGUAGAGCGAGCUUGUUGUCGUGACUACCAGCGCCUGGGCUUGGGCACGCUCAGUAAUAGUCUGACCAGGUCGAAGAAUGAACCAUUCCGAAUAACUACAGUAAAUCGCAUGUACAGUGUCUGCAGGAGUUACCCCAGCCUGCUGAUUAUCCCGCAGAGCAUACAAGACAGUACAAUGCAACGCAUCUCACGGUGUUACAGACAAAAUCGCUUCCCCGUUGUAUGUUGGAGGAACUCACGCACAAAGGCCGUGCUCCUGCGAUCGGCUGGGUUGCAUGGGAAGAGUGUCGUCGGCCUCUUCAAGUCCCAGAAUGCACCAGCUGCAGAUCCGUCUCAGACAGACUCCACCAGUUUAGCACAAGAAAAGUAUUUGCAGGCAGUGAUAAACUCCAUGCCGCACUACGCAGACACAGGUGGUCGCAACACUCUCAGUGGAUUCACGUCUGCUCACAUGAACAGCUCAGACUCGUCUGAUAAGCAGAGGCAGCCAAAGAUUAGUGUGCUGAUGAAACAGGUGAUGGGUGGAAAGGAGGAAAUGACGAACACUUUCAGUCGCGGAGUACUAGGUCACAGAGCCAGGGUCAUCACUCUGGCAAAUCCAAGAGCCACAACGAAGGGGAAAGAAAGCCCUCAAGGAAAAUGGGGCAGUAUGCGUGGCAGUGGACGACUGAGUGCUUAUUCCCUGAAUUCAGACGUAGGACUUCGGCUUGCAGGGAAAGAUACAUUGUCCCCACAGGCUAACGGGGGCCCUUCAGACUCUCACUACUUAAGGCAGCCGCGAGCUGGCCUGUACAUUAUCGGUGAGAAGUCCCAGCUAAAGGGGGCGAAACAAGAUCCUUCACAGCAAUGGGAAGUUGUCCCCAUUGACAUAUUUGAUGCCCGACACGUGAAAACCAGCUUUAAGAAGUUGAUGAAGGCAUGCGUGCCAAGCUCUUCAUCCACGGAUCCCAACCAGUCGUACUACCGUUCAUUGGAGGAAUCUGACUGGCUCUCUCAGCUACACAAGUUGCUUCAGGUAUCAGUGCUGGUUGUCGAGUUGUUGGAUAAUGGAUCCUCAGUGCUGAUCAGUCUGGAGGAUGGCUGGGACGUGACAACUCAGGUGGUGUCCUUGGUGCAGCUGCUGUCUGACCAACAUUACAGGACAUUGGAGGGCUUCCGCCUUCUGGUGGAGAAAGAGUGGCUGUCAUUUGGACACCGUUUCAGCCACCGUGGUGCUCAGACAAUGGCCAGUCAGAGCAGUGGCUUCACCCCUGUCUUCCUGCAGUUUCUGGACUGUGUACAUCAGAUCCAUUUGCAGUUCCCAAUGGAGUUUGAGUUUAGUCUGCACUAUCUGAAAUUCCUGGCAUAUCAUUAUGUGUCCAACCGCUUCCGGACCUUCCUUCUGGACUCUGACCAUGAAAGGAUCGAACUUGGACUGAUGUAUGAAGAGAAAGGAGAGAAGAAGAACCAACAUACAUACAAGUCUGUGUGGGACUACAUUGACCGGCUCAGUAAGAAAACGCCAGUCUUCUUCAAUUACCUGUAUGCACCUGAAGAUGGAGAGGUUCUGAGGCCGUAUGGUAACAUUUCCAACCUUAAGGUAUGGGAUUAUUACACACACGAGACACUUUCUGAAGGGCCACCAUAUGACUGGGAGCUGGUGUACAGUCGACGAGAACAAGUGGAUGACGGGGAAAGAGCUCCUCGGACACAGCGCAAGAUUGUCUGGCCCUGCUAUGAUAACCAAAACAAGACGGAGCCAGAUGCUAUCAGUAAAUUGUUGGAGGAGAUGCAGUCACUGGAGUCUGAGCUGGGUCAAGUGCCAGACAAAUGGAAGGAGACUUGGGACAAGAUCAAAACAACCCAGCGGACAGAGAGCAAGCAGGAGGGUAAGCACUUGUCUUCAAGUUCCCUGCUGAUGUCCUCAAGCCUGUCGCAUCAUCGAAGGUCACAGUGCGUUUAUCUGCAUGAGGCAGCAGUUGGAUCCACUCUGAAUCUGAGUCUGGACACAGACAGUAGCACAACCUCCACUCCCUCCAGUGGUGUCAUGGGUCGAAAAAGUACGAGUACCUUGUACAGCCAGUUCCAGACAUCAGAGAGUGAACACAGGUCAUACGAAGGAAUCCUUUAUAAGAGGGGGGGCGCUUUACUGAAAGCCUGGAAACCACGUUGGUUCGUACUUGAUAAAACCAAACAUCAGUUGAGAUAUUACGACAGUAAAUCAGACACUGAUGUGAAGGGGAUUGUGGACCUCACAGAGGUGGAAUCUGUCACUCUGGGAACAGCAACGCUGGGAGCCCCCAAAAACAUCGAGGACAAAGCCUUCUUUGAUCUGAAGACAACAAAAAGAGUUUACAACUUCUGUGCCCAAGACAGCCAGAGUGCCCAGCAGUGGAUUGAUAAAAUACAGAGCUGCUUGUCUGAUGCGUGAGCAUUUGUACUGCAGGCAUUGCCUGUGUACUUCUGGGUAUAGAGCUCAUCAACUGGAUCUCUGUCAUUAACGGACAACAACUGGUGUAUCAAAAACACAAGAACCAGAGUAUUAUGGAAACUUGUGAUUUCUCGGCCACUCAAUUGCAGAGUCCAGAAGAAAUGGAGGAUGGUGAUUGGAUGUCUUGCUGCCUGUAUCCAGCAUUGGUGUACUUGUGCAUUUGUUGGUGAUCUUCUGUUUAAGAAUCAGCAGAUGCUCUGGAGAGUUGGUGGGGACAGAGAGAGCUUGUUGCACACAUCACCACAAAAGAAGGUUGCAAGUUAGAAUGAGUAUAAAGCAAAAGUGAAACCCUUUCUUGCUCAGGGCCUUUCACACACACAGUUUCCUCUGCUCUUGUCUCUGAACUAAUUUGUGUGUUUAAUUCUGUUGCCAUUUUCAGUAGAACUUUUGUGGCCAAAUUCCUGAGACUAGAGUUGAUAUUCUAGAUCAGCAACUCAUUGCCCAAAUACCAGAGCCUAAAAACCUCUUUCAUCAAAAUGGUUUAAAAGCUCCAGCAAAGCUUAAGUCAAAUCCAUCGGAUUAGUUGCCUGUUCUUGGAGAAAGGAUGUUGGUCGACGGUCAGUCAUUUCAGCCGCCUUUAUUAUAGACCUUGUGAAAUGUCUUAUAACUGCUGUUGGCAACCUCUGCAGUUUCCUCAUUGUUUGGUGUUAGUACAGAAUCAGUGCAGGACAGCGGGAGGAUCAAGCUAAAUUAGUAAGGAACGCAUUGGAUGGUGUGGGACAGCAAUCCCAGAGUGGGAAUCGAGGCAUCUCCAGAAAGGGGAAUGUAUAAAGGCUCUCACCUUAAACCGAAUACUUUACAGAAAAUAUAGGCUAAAAAAUAAGGACAGCCUGCUGUUUACAAAUUGACAUGGGAAUAAUCUUUGCUCAGGUCUGAUUUUCGAUGGGUCAGCACUGCUGCAGCAAUCUGAAGCCAAUUUUGUUGAGGAAAACUGCAGCCACUUGCACUUGUGAACAAGAGAGGGUUAACGGUACAGGAUUGUGUGUGGUUGUUCACUGAGCAGCUCUCAAUGAGAGUAUUAAUGUUCCUUUAAAAUUACUAGAGCCCUUCAAAAUAGGGGCAGCAGUAGGACAAUGAGGGAUGUGUUUGUGUACUUAGUUCUAUAUUAACUUAUGCAAUAAGGAACAGGGCUUGGCAGGUGGUAUAUGUUCACUGUGUUUACAGAGGCAGCUGUGAUGGUUGUGUGCAGCAGGGCUGGGCUGACCCAUACUUAUCCCAGACUGCUCACUCCCGCACCCCUUUUUCUUGGGUCAUGAUGAAAGAGGUGGUGAGGAGCAGCUGCUGACCAGGGAGAGGAGGGACUUCCAGCUCUCAUGGGUGUCUGCACAGAAACAACACAGCUGUGAGAUUAUUUUAACAGUGUUGUAGCUUUGAUUCUGCUGUUAGUGAUGUACAGCUGUACAUAGUUUAAUCCUUGUUCUAUUUAUGCAACAGCUUCCUAGAUAUCAGUGUACAGGUCGAAUGAUAUUUACAAAUUGUUGUGUAUCCACGUGUAUUUGCUAUCUAUUCGGGAAAAAAAAAACAAUGUCAGUGAGCCAGUGGUACACUGAAGGGUGUCGCUAUAUUGCGCCCAUCGCCAACACACUGCAAUUAAGGCUUCAUAACCAUGUCUGUUCAGCCUUGGACAGUUGAAGGGUGCGAGGGAAGCAAGAAGCAGAGACUGCCACAAGUUCUAAAGUUCAAAGUGGGGCGGCUCAAAAGGUGAUCUUCUCUAUCCUGUACUACAGCAAGUAGAAUCUUAGUCAUAUCUUUGACAGACAGCCAAUUGUCUCUCACAACAAAUCUGUCUCAAAUGCAGAAAAAUCCAUAUUUUGGGGAUGUAUUAAACUGUUGAGCAUUUGCUCCUGUGACUCAGACUGAGGGGUCGAGAUCGCAUUCAGAUAUGUCUAGACUGCUUAAAUAUAUGGUUUCCAAUUACAAACGAUAAAGACAUUCUUAUCCUGUUUAGUGUUAAUAUUGUGUUGCCAAUUUAGGAAUAUUGAUGCUAGAAUCUAUUUCACAGCUCGUGCUUUCUCUUGCUGUCAUUUGUUCACUGUCUGUCCAAAUCGCACUUUGCCUUUGACUGUUUUGAACAGUUUUUGUAAAUUUUGCAGCUCACGCUUGUUCUGUCUUACUGUCAGAGUAUCCUAAGUUCUGUAAUGUUGCCUUUAGUCCCUGUGCUGUCAGAUCCCUGAUCAAAUUUUGUUAUAUAUACUCAUUUUUAGCUGUUAACUGCCAACAUUUACAGUUCAAAAUUUCUAGAAUGCCCAGACUAAACCUAAAAGAGACCCGAAUGAUAUUUUGCUGAGGCCUUAUAGUUUCAGAUCCUGCAAGGUCUGAGAUGUGCUUGUGCUACUUUCAUUGUGGAAAGACACUGCCCUUAAAACACAGCUGAAUAUUUCAACUUUGAUGUGAAGCAAUGUAGGCAAGGACACUUCCUGUUCUAAAAAGGAACUGAUGUUCUCAAUAUCAGCAUUUGAAUGUCUUCUGGAGACUAAAAAAGCUGAAUAGUCUGAGAAUGAAAUCUUCUAAAUUAAGGGGUAUUUCAUUAAGGAUGGGUGGUGCAGUGGAGUAAAGACAUUUUACUCCCUGUAAAUGGGCCUCAGUACCAUACAGCUGAAGAGGCUGCCUCUUUCAAGCCUUGUUUCACUCAGUACUCACUCAGUUACCAGGUUGGUUCAUGUAGAAUGCACUAGGAUAAAACCAGAGCAUGUUGAAAAUGCCCACAGGUUGUCCAAUUAAUGGUAUGCCCCUGAAAUAUUCAACUGUAUUUUAUUUUCGAGGUAGACGGAGCCAGCAUUAGGGAAAAUGGUGCCUUGGGUGAACUUGCAUUUGUGGCAACCACACUUCAUUCCUGGCUCCCAGCUCACACCAAACCCACCUCCCAGCUGCCACUCAUGCACUUACUAGUCUGAUCCACAUUCCUGCUGGGGGUGCACAUUGUGCCGCCUGUAGUUGUCAGUCAAAAAAACUGGCUGCCUUGGAACACUUUGGAAGGGUUUGGGAGUAGGGAGGGAGGGCGGAUCUGUUCAAAGUAAUUGCAGGGCAAUUUGCUGUUCGAACAGCUGCAUGUGAUCUGUGUGUAAAAAGAUCAAUUAAUUACUGAAUCAAAUGGGACAGCCCCCCUCCACAAAACAUUAUCACCCACGCAUAAGGCUGCCCUGGAUGUAGAUUCAGAGCUGAUGUAUAUUUCCAACAUGUACAGUUUAUGACCUUUUUUACCAAAAUUCACCAGGAUUUGUAAAUUUUUCCCCUGCGCCAAAUCAGCAACUUCACUGAAUAAUGGGGUCUAGCAAUGUCAGGGGACUUCCAAUAUCAAACCCUCCUCUACAGUCCCUGUGGGGCACUGCAGGCUCGUGUGGUGGGGCACUGCGGGCUCGUGCGGUGGGGCACUGCGAGCUCGUGCGGUGAGUUGCCCUCAUGGAGAUAGGACCUCAAGUAUCACCUUUUUGUGGUCAAUAGUUUUCCCAAACUAAUGUCAUUACUUUUAAAUUAAGGCUUUUUUUAAAUGAAGUGUUUGUCAUGGGGAUUUCACUCCUGUAACCUCAUAUAGCCCAUGCUAGAUCAAUUAUAACAAGAGUCAGGUGCCGGGUAGAGCUUCCUUCACUUUUUUCCAAUUGAAGUUCCCAGGGCCAGUACAUCAUGGAUUAGGUACGAAGUAAAGCUGCCACUGUACUGUCCCAUCAAACACUCGCAGGGUAGAUGCAGUGUAGGUUACAUACAAAUUAAUGUUUAUUCUAUGUUUUACAAUGACAUGAAUUCUCCAUUUGAGAUAAUGUACAUCAUUCACCAACCACCCCAAUAUCACAUUCCUGUUUCCCCCCACCAGCCAUUUGAAGCCACUUGGCUAUUGGGCAAUAGUAUUUCGGUUUUAUUUUGUUGAUGAUUAUAUUUGGUUGGCACUGGACAGAGAAGAAACACAUUUCAUUUCAGACUGGUAGAGGAAGCUGAGAGGAGAGACUCAGCAGGAUUGCGACUCAGUUCCUGGUGUGAAUGGGCAGUGCACUACUCAUUUGCAACACCCUGUGUAAUUUCCACAACUGACCUCUGCAUUGUUUGGUACCUCAUGGUAGAGCGAUGUGAGAUCUGCAAAAAUGGAAAAGUGAGGACACUUGUGAUUCUGCUGACCAACAUCAGAGUUGUAUCUGAUAUGAUGGAAGGUUCACUGUUUCAUAUUUAGGAUCAGACACUUUGGGGAGAAGGAGUAAUGAAUAUAUCAUGAGGUAUUUACCUACAACAGCUUCAUCCUCAGCCUUCUCUAAGUACAAUCAUCAUUUGCCCAACACUCAUCUGUCUCCGUCAUGCUCAAUCCAGAUUGGGACUAUCUCUCUUUACCUGUCCGCAGUGGCAGAAAUGCUGAUGAGAAUCAUUUGAACAAAAGUAGAUCUGAGGGAGAGUGUAGCUCCCUUUCCAAGGAGACCCUGUCUGUACUCCCCAUUCAUACAAUCCAGGGAGAUUCAGUCUAUAGCCCCCCUUUCUCUGUAGAACUUACUGAUGAAGGUUAAAAAGAACUGCAGCUACUUGACAAGCUAAUUAACAAAAAAUAUGCAGUACCCAAUUAGUGAUCCCAGAGAUCAUUGCUGGGUCAUUUUCUUGUUGAAUGUGAGAAUGAUUUCAGGGAUCUGACAGCAGCAAGGUGGGGCAGGCAAAGCAAUUUCUUGUUCUAUAUUUUGUGUGAAAAAAAGUUGUGAUAAAUUGAGCCUUUCAUUUUGGAUUUCUAAAAUCCUCUGUUCAGGACUGUUUAGUUUGAAAAGAAGUGACAAACAUUUUUGUUUCUUCCCACAUUUAAAAAUCUGCUUUGCUUUUGCCCCAAGCUUUUAACUUUGAAAAUGCUUUUAUUUGAAAUAUGAAGAAGAUAAUUCUUUGUACAUAAUCUCAAUUUACAAUUCCUGUAUAAAGAUGGGUGAGAGUCCAGAUUGUAAAAUACAGUAACCAUGUAGAAUUUGGGGUUUCUAUUAGAGUCUGAACAUUGUGGUCUCCAUACAGGAUCCUGUAUUGUGCUUAGACAAAGAGAUAACUGAAAUUUAAUAAAAUAUAUAUUAAAAUA